AUUAGCAGCGUGCUGGCGAGACGGCGGCUCCUAAUUGGCUGAGAGGACGGAUGGAGGGGGCGUGGCCAAAUAAAACAGGCGGGGUUUGCGGUACAAGAAAGCACGACCACAUCUGUCUUUUUUAUUUUGAUGCGGACAUCAUUUCCAAGUUCAGUUAAAUAAAUCAAGUUUCAAUCACAACAGGUCAUACGUAAUAUAGUUCGUAGAAACUGAUUAUUCAACAGAUGUAUGGUCCUGACGGCAAAGGCUACUGUGCAGUUAUCGACCCGCCUCGACUUCUUGUGGAAAUCUUUCAAUCCGAACAGGAUACAGAAGAGUCGAUAAAGAAGUUCUCACCAAGAUCGAUUUAUCUUUCUUAGCCGGCGGCCUCCUCAACACCCGCCAGUCGUCCAGCCAGCAGGUGGGUCAGAGAUGGCGAUCGCUCAUGUCGCCACCGAGUACGUGUUCAGUGACUUCCUGCUGAAGGACCCGACCCAGGCACGCUACCAGAACAUCCGCACAGAGCUGGCCGUGGACAAGAUGGUGACCUGCGUGGCCGUGGGCCUGCCUCUCCUCCUCAUCUCGCUCGCCUUUGCACAGGAAGUGUCCGUCGGAACUCAGAUCAGCUGCUUCGCUCCGUCUAACUUCUCGUGGAGACAGGCGGCCUACGUGGACUCGUAUUGCUGGGCCUCGGUGCACACACACGCACUGCCCCUGUGGCUGCACAAGUUCUUCCCCUACAUCCUGCUGCUGGUGGCCGUGCUGAUGUACACGCCGGCGCUGUUCUGGCGCUUCACCGCCGCGCCGCUGCUCCAGUCGGACCUCGGCUUCAUCAUGGAGGAGCUGGACCGCUGCUACAACCGGGCCGUCACCCUGGCCAAGCGCAUGGCCACGCACGACCUGCCCUCAUCUGACGGCGACCCCACCGACGGCUGCUUCAUGUACCCCCUGGUGGAGAAGUACCUGGUGACCAAGCGCUGCUCCCGAGGGGUGCUGGUCCGGUACCUGGUGUGCCGCGGAGCCACGCUGCUCAUCCUGCUGUGCGCGUGCGUGUACCUGGGCUACUACCUGCGGCUGGCCUCCCUCACCGACGAGUUCGGCUGCUCGCUGCGCACCGGCCUCCUGGUGGACGACCCCACGGUCCCGGAGAAGGUGCAGUGCAAGCUGAUCGCCGUGGGGGUCUUCUCCCUGCUCUGUCUCGUCAACCUGGUGCUGUUCUCCGCGUUGGUUCCCGUGGUCAUCUACGCCGGUCUCCGCCCCCUCCUCUGCAUCGGAAACGCCUCCUUCCUGGACACGUACCAAUCGCUGCCCACCGUCAGCGUUCUGCCCCGGCCCGGCGGCCAAUGGGACGACCUGGCUCUGUACCUGCUCUUCCUGGAAGAGAACCUCAGUGAACUCAAGUCUUACAAGUACAUCAAGGUGUUGGAGCUGCUGAAGCGCAGGGGGGAGUGCUCCGGCGAGGACUUUGACAGUAUGGGACUGCUGCAGACGCUGUGCCUGGUGAAGAUGGACGCGGUCGACGGCAAGAAGGCCCCGAGAGGCGCUGACAAACGGGCCGACCUCGCCGCCCCCAGCCCCAACGGCAGCCCCGGCCUGCCGGGCCCGACCAACACCCCCUGCCCCGGCGGCGUGCCCAGCAGGGAGGGCUCGAAGACGGGCUCGGUGGCCGACAGCACCGGCCAGGAGACGGAGAUGCAGGAAUUCACUCGAUUGCUCCGAACAGACAGCCAUGUGAUUGGCUGAAGCCAACUGCCGUAGGGUGGGCCAGUUGGCAAGGGCACCGUCUGAUUGGUUGCUGUUGUCGGCCGGGCAGCCGCGGCUUUGGACGUGACUAUUGGAUGUGUUCUCGUGCAGCAGUGUCUCCUGCUCUCUGUCCUGUACCGUUUUACACACCACCCUGUGCCGACACGGGUCCAGCCUGGUUAUAUGUUCUCAGUCUGGUUCCUUACAGAGGAGCCUUGCCUACAAGCUGCUGGAGUACAUGUGUUCUUUUGGAUUCACUGAAUGUGUCGCAACUGCUGGUACUUAUUAGUGUGUGUGUGUGUGUGUGUGUGUGUGUGUGUGUGUGUGUGUGUGUGUGUGUGUGUGUGUGUGUGUGUGUGUGUGUGUGUGUGUGUGUGUGUGUGUGUGUGUGUGUGUGAUUGCUUACUUAAAGGGGCUUCUAAUUUAGAAAUUUCAAACCAUUUCAAAAUCAGCCGGACGGGUGAGAGUCCGCCCAGAAGUUGGUAUAUUUAAGUUAAAGUAUAAACGGGGGCCCUUUUACUUUUACCAUGUGUGGCCACCAUUGUCAUAUUUUAGUGUCCAGAGGUCGGUUUGAACAUUAGCAAUAGUCAGUUAUUUUUUUGUGUCAUUCCGACUCAACUUAUCAACUGUUGAAUUUAUUCCUGGUUAUUAUGGGGAAAAUAAUUAGCUACCUUGUACUAAACAACAUGUACAUUAACACUGAAUUGUGCAGAUACUUCAAUGACCAGUGGGAGCUCAAGACAAUCGUUUGAUACCUGGUACGACUACCCUGCAAAUGAUGCAACGUAAAGAUUUUUCAGGAUUGUAACCUAGUUUACCUUUUUUAUAUUACUCGCACAAGCAGCUUUCCUGGUACCUUCCUAAAUCCUGUUAAAGCCAAACAUAAUAAACACACUUAAUCUUUGUUCAGUAUAAGCCAAAGUGAAGCUAGCUAGCCAAGAUCGAUGUGUGGGGUGGUCAUUACCCAUGAUGCACUGCUUCCUCGCGUAACAAUACCUUGGCUGCAGCUACUCUCGAUCAAAAUUUGCCAAGCCUACUCUAAUACCAAACCAUAGUGCAUCAUGGGAAAUUAGCCCAAACGUAACUGACGCCUUUGCCCUCAGACAAGUUAUGAACAAAAGGCCUUCCAAACAUAUAAUAUUCAUGCUUAAUCUUUCAAAUAUGUUCAUAUUGACAGGUUGUUAAAUGUGCCAUUUGUUCAGGAAUCUCAGGGAGUUUUGCUUCUUAUGUGUUGUGCCUUUAAGAUGUUCUUGUGCCUGUAACCGUCUGCCUGUGAACUGUCUGCCUGUGAACUGACAUUUUGUUUUGUAAUUUGUAUGAGGCAUGUUAUAAACUGUUCUUUCAAUGUCAAUAUGGCAACAAUGACUGAUGUUUCGCUUUAGCAUGUUAUGCUAUUGUAGUUAGUUAAUCAAAAACAUUCAGCUUUUAAUGUACCUGAACCUUUAUAAAUUAGUUAAGGAUGAGUCUGGGAUUGCCAAUAUAUUUGUGUUAGUUUGUUACUGCCUUUUGUACAUUUUUAUGGCAAAUGUAACUAAUUUUUAUAGGUUUUAAAGACAUUUUAAAAAAUUUCAAACUUUGAAUUAUCACAUGAAGUCCAACUAUUGAUGACUCAAGACUAUACAAUAAUAUUCAUUGGAUGAUAUUUUGUAUUUGUAAUGUCAUAAGUUCAAAUGUCAUAUUAGAGGGGGUUGUACAGUUACAGUUCAGUUACAGCUAUGAUUCCUAUUAAUCAAUUGGCUUGAUUUAAGAGUUGAUUCCCUUUCAAAACAUGUUGGGACUGCUCUCUUCCUCUCUUCAUAUAUAUAUAGAUUGAUAGAUGGAUAGAUAGAUAUAAUGGAUGCAGUCUGAAAUACAGCUCUAUAUAGUAUCAGACGGUAUUUAGAUUCUGUAUGGCUAUAUAGAGCUAACCACACCCAUCUUACAAUGUCCUUUUCAUGGAGGAGAAAGACAAUUCCAUUGCUGAGAAACCACUAUCACUGUCUAUCCCACCUCUAAUUUCAUUCCCCAUGCUUAAAAAAGUAAAACCUUUUUGAGGCAUGGAUGAACAGUUUACUAGUGAAUGUGCCCACUUUUCCUAAAAAAAAUACAUAAAACUGGCACCCAUUGAGGCUUACCUGAUUAUUGAGUAUUAUAUAUAGUUUGUAGCAGAUAUCAGGUGGUGAUACUGACAUGUUGAUUCUCAGAUGCUUGCUUGGUUUUUAUUCACGCCUGAUUUGCCUGCAUAAAAAAUAUGUACCUUGCCUUUUUAAACAGCAGGGGUCGCAAGCCUAUGCAUUAUUUGUAUUAACCACUACCAUUUCGCGGGACUAGAUAUUUUCACCUGGGUAGAGGACGUAUUGGGGGUAAGAGGUAGUUGCAGGGUGGUGUGGAAAAGCAAAAAGAGAUAUCUAUACAUUUAUAAUGUACAUUGCGUUAUAUCUUAGGAAUUUGUAAAUUAGGGAGGCAAAGCACCAUAGAUCCACCAAAGCCUGCCACCUACAGUUGAUAUCAGAUCUUCUGAAACUGAUAAUCACAUCACUGCAGGAUAGCAACCACAAGGAACAAGAGAGAAAGACAGAAAGAAAAGAAGGGACAGGAAGUCGACACGCAGGUCAUCUUAAAAUAAUCUGUUUUUAUUUAUCUUGGUUUGAAACACGAGGUUCAGUCGCAGGGCUCUCUGGUCAGCGGUGCUAAGCUAGUCUGUGGCUUGAGACGCGCACACCAGGACACGCCCCCCAAUCAACAAACUUGACGUAAAUUGAAUCAAGAUAUGAUUCAUUACGUCUGAUGAUGGCUAGAUGUUGAAACUCAAGAUGGGAGCGAGAGACUAGGUGGGUAUGCCUUCCACCGUGGCAACGCCAGACAAUGCCUGUCCGUGCGAUUGGCUCGUCGCUUGCUCUUAAAUUGAGAAGCACUGACGAAAAAAUUAAAAAGUUAUAUGCUGUUUUUUGUCUCUUUUCCUCCCUGUCAUAAAAACACAACUCGUAAAAACACCAAAGCUAAAUCUACAAACCGAGUGUGAAAUUUGAUACAUCACUUCCUGUUGCCCUUAUUAGGAACACAAGGUCAGUUCAUAAAUAAUAAGUGUAUAUUUCACCUCCAACUAAGGUUGCAAGGAAGGGGUUAAUUGUUCUGAAUU